AUGAAUUGCAAGAAGCUUUUGGACCGAUGCAUCGCCGCCUUGGACCUGGCCGCACGGGCCAUGACGCUGCCGAAGCUCAAAGAAGGCUCGACCAAUGGAAAAGGACGAAGCCGGCUGUCGCGUUACUGGCCGAAGCAGCGGGAGCUCUACUGGUACGACCCCAGCAUUGCGCCCGCAGCCUUCCACUUGGAGGACGUCGAGAGGCUGGCGGAGGCCGAGCACAUUGCAGCCGCUGCUGCUGUUCCGGUUUCCAGUCCAAGCAGCACAGCCAACGGCAAGAAUGGCAACACGCAGAAGACGAUGCAGGAGCGCGCGGCCUGA